UGGUCGAAGAAGGCGAAUGUGUGGUUGCUUCCUAAUUUUUGGCCUAAUUUAUUAGUUUUUUGGCCAAUAAAACAUGCCACCGAAGAAACCAGUGGCUGCAAAAGCUGCAGCUAAGCCUGUAGCACGGCCUGCUGCAAAAGUUACUGCAAAAGGACCAGCCGCCAAACCAACUGCAGUGAGGAAAGGGCCGCCGGUUCCUGCUGCAGCAGCCAAGAAAGGUGCACCAGCUGCAAAACAGCCAGCCAAAGCUGACCAGAAAAAUGCGGCACCAACGAAGGCAAAAGUUUCAACCAAACAAGAUGUCGCUGCACGUACCAUUCAGACACACGUCAGACGACACCAGGCAAAAAAGAAAUUGGACAGUCUGAAGAAGGAAAAGCAGCAGUAUGAGGAACUGAUGGACAAGUUGGAAAAGGAGGCUUUUGUCAAGUUGGUGAAGAUGCAGCAAGAAGAAGCCGAAAAAGAACGACAAAAAGAAGAAGAGGAAAGAAGAAAGAAAAGAGAAGCUGCAAAGAGGAUCAAGAGAAUAUUGGAGGCGGCCUUUGAUGGCGAUGAUGAUGAGAUAUUAGGUAUUCUCAAGGAGGUGUCUGACGUCGAUACUCAAGCCGGGCUCAAGAAUGAUGUGAUUGGUCGAGCUCUCAGGAACAAGCACUUACAAGAGAUGGUGGACUGUGAAGAUGCAAAUGAAAACACUCCAAUAUCAGAGGCAGCCAGCGGUGGCCAUGUGUCUACAAUUAAACUCCUCAUAGACAAAGGUGCUGAUGUGAAUACCAAGGGACAGUUCCAGAGGACACCAUUGUAUAGAGCUGCGUUUGCUGGUCACGUUGAAGCCUGUGAGGUCCUCCUCCAACACGGUGCUGACCCCAGGCUCUACGCCAGCGAUGGACAAACUCCAGAACAUGUUGCCUCGGCAGCUGCGCUGGUUGAGCUAUUGAGGGACUGGGACGUUGAGCAGACGGAUGUCCUGUUGCAGAAGAUCGCCAAGGAGAAGGAAAGAAGAAUAGAGGAGGACAAGAAGAGGAGAGAAGCAGAAACAGAUAAGCUAGAAGAUGCUCUAAAAGAGGCGGAGAGAGAAUACAAAGUAAUGGAAAAACAGCUGAACACUGCAUACUGUGAGCUCAACAAGAGGAUCUAUGAACAUGACAACGCAGCUGCUGAGGGAUUUGACAAACCAGAACUAACACUGCAGACCAUCCACGAUGCGGAGGCAGACCUGGACAUCCUCAAGAUUGACCAUGAGAAGGCAAGGGACAAAGUGGCCAAGCUCAGACUCAAGUUGCGUGAACAACAGAAACAGGGGGCUGCUGGUUUUGACGAGGACAGCCUGCCAGGCCUGAAGGUGAUGAUCAGAGAGCUUGAUGAUGUCUUGUUGCGAGAUGUUGGAAAUAAAAUCAAUGACUCUGGCUGCUGGCCACUGAUUAUCGAUCCCUCCGGACAGGCCGCCACCUUCCUCAGAUACAGAGACACCAACUACAUCUGUGCUUUGAGGCCUGUAGACAUGGAGCCUGAGAGGAUCAGACUGGCUGUACUCGGUGCUGUCAGGUUUGGUAAACCUCUAAUUUUGGACAUGAUGGAGAUUGACAUGUUUGAUACAUGCAGUGACAGAUUUGAUGAAGUGCAGAAAGGAUUACUUGGCUGGAUUAUGGACAAAAGCAUCAUGCAACCAGAAAAGUAUCUGAAACUUGUGAAGAAAACAGAUGACGACGAUUAUCAGAAGAACAGAUUCAUUGAUUACCGAACUGCAAACUUCCGUCUUUUUAUCAUUACUAAAAACAAGUUCCCUCCGGAUGAUCUCCUGGAGAAGACUUAUGUCAUCAGGGUGUUCAUUCCUGUGUAGGACAGCAUGUCUGGGAACAUGAUGGUUUUGAAGGGCUGUCCUAGAUAUGUUGGUUUGCUGUGACCAUAUAUGUACCCUCAUGACCGUGUAGGUGAUGGUGUCCAGUCUGUGUGAAUAUAUUUUUGAAUCUCAUGCAAUGUUUACAUUUUGAAACCAUUCCGUCCAAUUAUGUUAUCAUUCAUUUAUGAAGACAUACACAUGUUUAUUGUAAAUCCAGUGAUACUGUGAUAAAAAGAUAA